AUGUCUUGCUACAAGGGAAAAUAUCAUGAUGAACUUUGUGCAAAUGCUGCAUACAUUGGAACCCCUGGGAAGGGAAUAUUGGCUGCCGAUGAAUCGACGGGAACAAUCGGAAAGCGUCUAGCCAGCAUUAACGUAGACAAUGUCGAGUCGAAUCGGAGGAUUCUCCGGGAGCUUCUCUUCACUGCCCCUGGUGGCCUUCAAUACCUAAGUGGAAUUAUCCUCUUUGAAGAAACACUUUAUCAAAACACUGCUGCAGGCACGCCUUUUGUCGAAGUGAUGAAGACGGCUGGUGUUCUUCCAGGAAUCAAGGUAGAUAAGGGCACCAUUGAGUUAGCAGGAACCAAUGGCGAGACCACCACCCAGGGUCUCGAUGACCUAGCCCAACGUUGCCAGAAAUACUACCAAGCUGGAGCCAGGUUCGCUAAGUGGCGAGCCGUGCUCAAGAUUGGUGACCAUGAACCAUCCCAGCUCUCAAUGAACGAAAAUGCAAAUGGUUUAGCCCGUUACGCCAUUAUCUGCCAGGAGAACGGACUGGUCCCAAUUGUCGAGCCGGAGAUACUCGUAGACGGGACCCACACCAUUGAGAAGUGUGCCGACGUAACCGAACGAGUCCUUGCUGUGGUUUACAAGGCUCUGAACGAUCACCAUGUUUGCCUCGAGGGGACUCUUUUGAAGCCUAACAUGGUCACCCCUGGAUCAGAUGGGCCUAGGGUUUCUCCGGAGGUGAUUGCGGAACACACGAUUCGAGCCUUGCAACGAACAAUGCCGCCGGCGGUGCCUGCGGUUGUGUUCUUGUCGGGAGGACAGAGCGAGGAGGAGGCCACCGUGAACCUUAAUGCUAUGAACAAAUUGAUGGCAAAGAAACCAUGGACGUUGUCCUUUUCCUUCGGUAGGGCUCUCCAGCAGAGCACCAUAAAGGCAUGGGCCGGCAAGGAUGAGAACAUUGCCAAGGCUCAAGAAGUUCUCGUCGCAAGGUGCAGGGCUAACUCCGAGGCUACUCUUGGAACCUACCAGGGUGGCGCCGCCACCGAAGGGGCGUCUGAGAGCCUUCAUGUCAAAGAUUACAAAUAUUAA